AUGAAAAUAUUAAAAUUCAGUUCCGUGGCCUCAAUUCUUCUUCUUUUACUCAAUCUUUCCCGUUCAUGGGGGGCUCCGGAUCCUGUGUAUGAAACAUUUCUCCAAUGCUUCACAAAGCGAACAAAUUCCACGGAUGAUAAGCUCUCCAGCAUCGUCUACAACCAACAAAGCAGAUCAUUUUCAUCGGUUUUACGCGCCUAUAUCAGAAAUGCCCGCUUCAAUUCUUCCUCAACGCCGAAACCAACCGUCAUCAUAACCCCAUUGGAAGAAUCCCACGUUCAAGCCGCUGUGAUUUGCGCCAAACAAGUUAAUUUUCAGCUUAAAAUCCGUAGCGGGGGCCAUGACUAUGAGGGUUUAUCGUAUAAGUCAGAGAAUCCUUUCUUCAUUCUCGACAUGUUUAAUAUUCGGAAUGUUGAUAUUGACAUGAAGGAAGAGACCGCAUGGGUUGGAGCCGGUGCCACUCUGGGUGAAGUUUAUUACAAAAUUUCGGAGAAAAGCAGUGUUCAUGGCUUUCCUGCCGGCGUUUGCCCGACUGUUGGGGUUGGUGGGCACUUUAGCGGCGCUGGUUAUGGCACCAUGUUGCGGAAAUUCGGUUUGUCAACUGAUAAUGUGGUUGAUGCUAAGAUUGUUGAUGUUCAGGGAAGAAUUCUUGAUAGAAAAGGAAUGGGAGAGGAUCUUUUUUGGGCCAUUAGAGGCGGCGGUGGCGCGAGUUUUGGCGUUGUGUUAUCGUAUAAACUGAAGUUGGUUUCUGUUCCGCAGAAGGUUACUGUGUUCAAAGUUGAACGACUUGUGGAAGAGAACGCAACGGAGAUCGCCUACAAAUGGCAGUUUGUGGCGCCGGCGACGGAUAAUAACUUGUUCAUGAGAAUGCUUUUACAGCCGACGACGAAGAACAAGAAGACGACUGCGAAAAUAACUGUGAUCGCAUUGUAUUUAGGAUUGAAAGAUAAUCUUAUGUCUCUUUUGGAUAAGGAAUUUCCUGAAUUGGGAUUAAAGAAAGAAGUUUGUAUGGAAAUGAGAUGGGUUGAUUCAGUUCUUUGGUGGUCUAAUUUUGAUCUCAAUACUACAAAACCUGAUGCUCUUCUCGAUAGAAAAGUUGACUGGGCCGAUUUCGUGAAGAGGAAAUCCGAUUACGUGCAGCAACCAAUUCCGAAAUUUUCCUUCAAUUUGAUAUGGAAAACUAUGACGGAAUUGGGGGAAGUUGGGUUGGUUUUCAAUCCUUAUGGAGGGAGAAUGAGCGAAAUUCCUGCAACGGAGACUCCAUUUCCGCACAGAGAUGGGAAUUUGUUCAAGGUUCAGUACUCCAUUACUUGGGAAAAGCCUGAUCCUGAGCUUGAAAAGAACUACACUUCUCAGGUUUCAGACCUCUACAUUUUCAUGACUCCAUUUGUGUCAAAGAAUCCAAGAGGUGCUUACUUGAACUACAGAGAUCUUGAUAUCGGUAUGAACCAUAAUGGUAAAGAUAGUUAUGAGGAAGGUAAAGUUUAUGGGGCCAAGUACUUUAAUGGCAAUUUUGACAGAUUGGUGAAGGUGAAGACAAUGGUUGAUCCUGAAAAUUUCUUCAGAACUGAGCAGAGUAUUCCUGUUCUACCAAAGUAA